AUGGACUCCCAGGCCGAGCACCGCGCCGAUUACUUCCGACGCUCCAACCUGUUGGUAAUGGUGGCGAUCUUCGUCGGCCUGAGCUACCACGGGGUGAGCGCAGCUUCCCUGGAGGCUCCCGGGGCACCUGGUGCGGGGAAGCGCGGGGCGCCACGGCUCCAAAGGGCACCCGGGGGGGGGGGGGACGUGCGGGGAUCAUAGUCAUAGCUGUCAACUUUUCCCUUUUCUUGCGAGGAAUCCUAUUCGGAAUAAGGGAAUUUCCCUUUAAAAAAGGGAAACGUUGACAGCUAGGAUCAUAGUCCAACCCGGAACAUCUCGCCCGACGAGACUCGAACGCGCGACCUGGAGGUUAAAGUCUUCGUCCUCCACGGGCUGAGCUAUGUCUCUCUUGCCGUGGGAGCCAGAGAUGGGAAGGCUUGGAGGGGAUCCCUAUGUACCGUACUUAGCUUUGAAGAUGUUAGGGAUGAGCCCGCCCAAAUCAAGCGUGGUUUUUUUUAAAGUCACAUUUAUUUCAUGGGGAGAAUUUACAGUAUUCAGAAGGGCGCCCCAUUGAGUUCAGUGGGCAUUACUCCACUGCAACUGGGCAAAGGGUAGAAGCCUCAAGCAGGUGUUUAAACUCUUCCACUGAAAUGAAUGGGUUGGAAAAAAAAAAAAAAACAAACCCCGGAAUCUUGAGUUAUUUUCUGCUGCUCUGAAAUAGAGGCCAUUUUUCUUGUUUCUGUCUCUCCCCCCCACUGACGGGGUUUUGGGAGCUGAAUCCCUGAUUGGAGUCCAGUAUAAAUAUGUUUUCCGCUGUAGUGCACUUUUAGUGCAUUUCAUGAAGACAGCCGGCUUUAGUGCAUAGCACACACUGUACUGGUGAGGUUUAUUCUGGAAGUACAUUAUAUGAUAAUUGUGAUUUAUUUUUUUAGGGGGAUCUAGACCGAGAUCUCAUCAGCUGUGGGCUUUCUUGCCUAAGUCCAGUGUUUCAGGGUCCUCCACACCCUGCAUUGUAAAAUGCAAGGGUCAGAACCUUUUUCAGCCGUGGGCCGGUCCACCAUUCCUCAGACCAUGUGGUGGGCUGGACUAUUUUUUUGGGGGGGGGGGAAUGAACAAAUUAUUCCCACAAAUAACCCAGAGAUGCAUUUUAAAUAAAAGCACACAUUCUACUCAUGUAAAAACACACUGAUUCCUGGACCGUCUGUGGGUCAGAUUGAGAAGGCGAUUGGGAUGGAUCUGGCCCACGGGCCUUAGGUUGCCUACCGCUGGUCAAAUGGCUGCUAAUUUCUGGAUUGUGCCACAUUGUAUUGAUGUCCCCGAAUUUCAUAUAUUAUGUAUGGAUACUGGGGGAUAAACACAAAAGUUGUGAAUUCUGAUGUUGCAGGAUGAUGGGUUAUGUUGACACGUAUAUACAGUGGUACCUCGGGUUACAUAUGCUUCAGGUUAAAUACGUCUCAGGUUACAGACUCCGCUAACCCAGAAAUAUUACCUCGGGUUAAGAACUUUGUUUCAGGAUGAGAACAGAAAUUGUGCUCCGGUGGUGCAGCAGCAGCAGCGGGAGGCCCCAUUAGCUAUAGUGGUGCUUCAGGUUAAGAACGGACCUCCGGAACAAAUUAAGUACGUAACCAGAGGUACCACUCUAUGCCACUUAGGAAUUUGGAAUAUUAAGUGGUAUAGCUGAAGUAAAUAAAACAAUACCUCCUGUAUGCUUACUUAAAUGUAUCUCUCUUUCUCCCCUCCCCCUUCUCACACCUCAGUGGGCAGUCUUUUCACCCUCAACAAUCCCCUAUGACCUUCUGGGACCAUUAGGCACCGUCACUAAAUAUUUGGUGGAAAACCAUAAAACUCUUCUCAAUAUCGGGUAAGCUGAAUUCUCAUCUUCUACCUGUUCACAUUCCUUCUGCUCACCCAACAGUGGGGAUUUUGGGGGUGGGAGGGAGGGUGAGUAAUAUAAUAUGCAGCCAUAUGUAUGUGUUUCUCCUUGCAUAUUGGGAGGGACAAGUGAAAUGUAAGAGGAAGCUACAGUCAAGCAAUGUAUUUGAGAUUAUAGAGUCAUAGAUUAUAGAGUCAUAGAAUUGUAGAGUUUCUAACAAUGGACCCAGGGCCUCAUUCUUUUUUCUUCCUUCCUUUUUAAUUGUAAAAACCAGUCUGACACACGUGUGAAGGGUGGAUCGGGACAGGCUGUCUAGCCUUUGUUCCUCUUCCUCUGGUAGUUUUCCAGCCCAUAAUUAUCUCCCCUGAGCACUUUUGUCACCUGGGUUAAAGCAUAGCUGUCAACUUACAGAUUUGAAAAUAAGGGACCAGCAGCCUCGAAAAUAAGGGAUCAGCAGCCAAAAUAAGGGAUUUUGGCUUAGCUUAUACAGAAAUCCCGCACUCAUGGACGCAUGCUGCUUUGGCUGCGACUAACUGUGUUUUGCAGGGGGUUGGACUAGAUGAUGCUAAUGGUCUACAACUCCCACCAAAGAAGAGUGGCAGACAAAACUGAUGAACGACGUUGAGACGGCAAAGCUUACAGGCAGAAUUAGAAACCAGGAAGAGGACCUCUUUAAUAAAGAAUGGGGAAAGUUUAUAAUUUAUUUGAAAAGCUAUUGUGAAGAGUUACAUACAUUGGUAAGAUUGACAGAAAACUUGUAGUAAAAAUUUGAACUAUGGAUGGACAAAUGAUUUAUAAAAAUAGAGUUAUGAAAGGGAUGCAGAGGGGGAAAUCACUGCACUGGUUGGAGGGUAUGCUAAGCAGCACGUUGGGGCUGCCGUUGUCCUGGGGUGAGGAGUUCCAUCGGCCCUUCCCUGCCUGAGAGAGAGAGGGAGGGAGAGAGACUCUCGCCCAUGCUGCCCGUGAGCCCGGCAUCUGGCGGUUGCGGCGCGGCGGCUGAAGUACCGCCCUUCUGUGUCCCUCCCCAUCCCCUCCUCUUCCUCCUCCCUCAGGCCGCCUCCUCAGCUGCCGCUGCCGCCUCCGGCGUCCCCUGGCAGCACGGCAGAAGUCUCGCAAGAGGGGCUGCCUGCCCGCCCGCCGCCACCCGUCUCCUCACAAUGUGCCCCUGAGGGGGGAAAGGGAGAGACAAAGACACGGCAGCUCGUGCGCUCACUCUCUCGAGGCGGAGGACCCCGAGCCGCUGCUUCCCUCCCGAGCUGGGCAAGCAUGAAACCCGGGAAAUUUAAGGGACAUCAUCAAUAAGGGACAGCAGCGGGACACAGCGCUGGGAUAAGGGAGUUUCCCACCAAAUAAGGGACGGUUGGCAGCUAUGGGUUAAAGAGCAGCUCCAUACAUGCCUUACUCCACUCGGACUGUGUAGUGUUUCUGGUCCGGUUUAGGCUAUGCAUAACUUGUUAUUAGAAAUAUGCACAUUAAUGUAAAGGGCAGGGCAGAAUGAUUGCCUGCUUUUUGAAAACCCCAUUCCUGCACCUGUUGUGUGUUUCUCUUGCACAAGCUAUGCUUACCGAAAUGAACAGGCAUUGCACAAAGCAUAUUUGCGUUGCUUCAGUGAACCCCUGUCCAUUUCACAACGGCUUGCAUGAGAAAAAACAGGGUUGUGUCCCCUGUUAAUUAGCUGGCGAUUGGGGAUGUGUUUGGUUUUCCCCUGGAAAUACCUAAAUGUUUUGGGCUAACCCUUAUCUUGCUUUAAUUUACACCAGUUACAAAUGGUGUUAUUUUCCUUCCUUUCAGAUAUUUAAUUACCUGGUUAAUCCACAUCGGGGAAGCAUUAUAUGCCCUCAAGCUAUGCAAGUAAGCUAUUUUUAUUUUAUUUUGGGUCUCUUCUACCUCCACCUCCCUCUGCCCUCUCCUAAACAGCAGAUAGCGUGGCAAAGCUGCGUCUGGGCUUGUGAGCUGGUUUUCUGGGUACGGAUAUGGGGUGUUGUGCAUGAGCACUCCCUCUCACUGCCUAAAGUGGUAUGGAAGUGACACACAGGUGUUAAUAAUCUUCACAACCUAUCUGCAUGAACCGGGUCUAAAUUAAAUUCUGUCAAGGACCGACUUUGGAGCUGUCGUUGAAUUUGCUUUUUAAAAAGCAACCAGUGCUUUCCAACAUUGAACCAAUGAGGUGUGCUGUGCAUUGGAACCCAACCCAGCUGUGGCAGGUGAACUUACCCUGAUCCUUUUGUCAGGUUUCUUAAAAAAUAAUAAUAAAGGCGCUGGUACUAGUUUACAAAGCCUUAUACAUCUGAGGACCAGGAUACCUAAAAGGCUGUCUUGCACCUUAUAUAUACAACUUAUGGUUGCAUUCUGCAGGAGAGGGCCUCUUGCAGAUACCAUCUCAUCAGGAGAUCUGCUCCGUAUAAUGCGGGAACUGGACCUUAAACUUUGGUGGCACCUACCCCUGAGAACUCUGUCUAUUGUCUUUUAGGCACCUCUUAUAGACCUUCCUCUUUUAAGAAGCCUUUUAAUCAGAAUUUUAUCCUGGCCCUUAUCUGCAUUGUGUUUAUAUAUGCCUUUAUUGUUGAUGAUUUCGUAUUGUUAAUUGCUUCGGGAUGUAUAAAUGAAGUAAGCAAAAUAAAAGAACAUAAAAGAAGCACAAGAAGGAGCCAGUGACUGUGUAAGUAGGCUGGUCUGUGUGAGUGCCAGCAGAGGAGUAACAAUAUGAUGGUUCUAAAUCCCAGAUAUAUGCACUUGGAUUCAAAACCCUGUUUGGAGGUUAUCUGGAACUAGUGACUGCAUUGCUGAUAUCUUUCCUUCAUUGGUGUAUCACAUGCCACCCUGGAAAGUUCCCUGAAGGCUUCUGGUGAGGGAGCAGGGGUGUGGAUGCCAGCCCAACUUCAGUUUCUGCCCAUCCUCCAAGCAGCUGAGGGCAAAAUAGACAUCUAUCUACUUAACUUAGAUUUUAAGUAAUACAUGCAGAAAUGUCAGGCUUUAUCUGUCUGUCUCUUCACUGCAGGAUGAAAGGCAUCACAGACCCUUCAACUCAGCGGUUGUGGUUGGUUCAAACAUUUUUCUUUGGAAUGGGAUCUCUCUACGUUUUGUUGACCUACAACCCCCGGAAGAAAAGCUGGUGAAGGAUUCGGCCAGAAGAGAAGGUUCCAACACAUUCUAGCUUUGGGGUAUAUUUUUCAGCGAGAGGGAUAGGUGUAUUGCUAAAUAUUUUUUGUGCGUUCAGAAGUGUGGCAAUCUUCUCUUUCACUUGGAAAGAGAAAUUUCUUUCAGGUGUCUCCUCUGCAGGUUUUGCAGCUGUCGGCAAAGCGAGGAAACGAGCUUGUGACAAUGGGGGAUGGAGCCUUUCUUUUUAAAUCAAGGAAAUAAAACCAGUUCUUAAUGGUCAGGACCAAAAUGCCAACACUCACAAGAUAUCUGCAUAGGACCAAUUUAAAAUAGGGGUGACAAACAGAGCAAGCACAGAGCAACCUAUAGUCUCUACUUCUCAGGUCUAACAGUAGCCUUAUUCAUAAACUGAGCUGUAUAGAAGUGUGGUGAGGCAUCUUCCUUUGGGCCCAACUUGCACCUGUCUGUUGCUCCCCUGGUUUUGCCUGCAUCCAUGGCUGGAUUGUCCUCUUUAAGUGAUUGUAUGGAUAGUCCCCUUCAUUUAUGAGCCUCUUUCUCCCCUCCCCACCACCCUUUUUACAAGUAAGGAUUGCAGAUUAAGCAGGUCUGUGAGCACUGAUCUCUACAUGCAGCCACACUGUGUCCAGAGUGUAGCUGUGACUGGGAGGCAAGGUGGCAUUUUCAUUCUCUGUCAUUUGCACCAUAGACCAAGAGGGCUAAUGCUACUCCAUUAGUACUUUUAGCUGUGCUUAAUAAUAAUAAUAAUAAUAAUAAUAAUAAUAAUAAUAAUAAUAAUUACUAUUAAAAAAUAAUAUGCAACAGUACAGAUUAUCCUUGUUGGUCAUCCAGUUUUAGCAGGUGGCUUGGUUAACUUUUCUUCCCCCUUCUUGAGAAAUAAACCCCUUCUAUUUCUCACCCACCUUCCCACCCAGAGUUUAAAGGGGUUUAUCUGCAAGUAGAUGUGGUCAGCAUUGCAUCCCGAACAUCUUGCAAUCUUUCUCCACAAACUCUGCCACCACCCCUCUGAUUUAUAAUGGCCUACCAGCAGGUUUUGUUCUUAUGUUUUCUUGGUGCUCUCUUAACAACCUGCAUGCAUUGCAAAGCACUUUAGUUAAUAACCGUGGCACUAAACUCUUGGGCAUGGCACAAGCUUUUCUUGAAGUGCAAAAGGCUGUGAGAGAGAAAGCUGUGACCACAUAAGAACUGCAGUCAAGACCAAGAAACCCCACUGGGGCAGUUUUAUUUCUCAGAGAUCCAACGUGCUGUUAAAAGGUAGUUUUAUAUUACAUGCCUUAAAUUCUUUAGGGGAGAUGCCCCCCCAAGAAAUACGUCAAAGCAGAUCUACUAGUUUCAAUCUGAGAGAAAGCUUUGAUAGAGCUUUCAUUAGGCGUUCCUCAUCCAAGCUGUGUCAUGAUAGACAGAGCUGUCUGUGGGGAAGGUUUAGAAACAGCACAUUAGUUGGAUUUGGAGGAAGUAAUUAACAGUGCCUGUCAGAUGAGUGGGUGUCUAAUUCAUAGAUGUGUUGGCCAAUGUGUUUAGUAUCUGUUUAGUAUGUACAUGUUUAGUACCUACAUGUUAUGCAAUGCCACCACCCAGAUCUGAGAAAGGAAAAUUACUGGUGCAGUUUUUCCCUGGCAUGGUAUUGCUUGGCAGGGUGAACUGGUUUACAAGAUUUUACCCUCUCUAGAGCUCAGGGGCAGAACGAGGGUGAGAAGCAAAGGGCACCAGCAUGGAGCUUGAAUAAACCCCUCCACCCCACCAACUUUUUAGCAUUUUGUAUUCGUGCAGUGCAUUUUUACUGUAGUGCAUGCCAUUAUUAUGUUGGUGCAGGAGACAGAUCCGCUGAUUCUGUGCCUGUGCAAAUAUAUAAAGGUUGGGACUCUCUGCCACAUUAGACCAUAGUUCUUGCCUUUGGUUUGGACUUUUAAUUCUCUUGAUGAUUUCUGCUGAAAUGCCCUAUAAUGUCUUUCAAACUCUGUGUCUCAUUUGGAUUUAUUUUUAGGCAGCUCUUAAGAACACUGCUGCUCAUAGUUUUAGCUCAGCAUUUUGCCUUUGUGCUUGAACACCCUGCAUAUUCCAUCAUGCUUGUUGUAUUGAGAAUCACCUCUUUAACACAUUACGUUUUACCUGGGUAUUGUCUGGAUGAUUAAAGGUAGCUUUUGCUGUUCUUUAUACUGUUAAUACUCGAAGGGAAACAUGGUGAGCUGUUUGACUGUUGCAUCUUGUGAUAAAAAUGUGUCCUAAGACAGGGUGCUUAAUUGGUAUAAUGCUGCAUUUUGAGCUGAUAAUUUCCGAGAGCUGUCUCACUGCUGGCCUUGAAUAAAGCUAAUAAUUCUCUCUAAAAUAUAACGCAUGCCCUGAAAUUGUUACAAAGGAGGGGGGGUGGUUUCACAUCCUUAAAGCAGGGGUGCCAAAACACAAAGUAUAGGGCCCCCUGAGGAUUCCUAAUGCAGCCUGGGUUUUCCCAACCACCUUCUAGGAAAUUUUGAACAAUAACCAGGCCUUAAUAGGAUGAAGGGUUGACUCACCAAGACCUGCUUUUGUGUGUCAUCGUAUCGGGUUCUUUCCUCAGUUCCCUUUGUUUGAAGCAGGAAUGCUAAGGAGUUGGUGAGGAAAUGCACUUGGGCAUCCCAGGAACACGGCCAGAUAAUGUGUACAAGUGUGCAUGUCUAUACAUACACAAAAAUGUUGUUCUUGCAUUCACACUACAGAUAUGUUAAGAGCAAAUGGCUUGCCCUAGCAGGCGCAACCAUUUUGGAUUACUCUCAUUGUAGUGUCUGACUUGAGGCAGAAUGUAAUCCUUGCCCAUUUGCCAAAUUGGGAAUUAGACAUUCUCAUCCCUGCCCUAUGGAGUGGGUAUAGACAGGUCUGCCCUGAUCUCUCAAGCAAAUCUCUCCCUUCCCCUAAGACUGCAUUGAUUUUUGACUAGGAAGGGGGGGAAGCUGUUUGUGUGAGUGCAUGUGUGACAGUGUAGGGUGGUCGCAUCCACUUUUGUCCAUACCCACCACUGGCAUGUUGCCCCCAGAGGGUUGGCAAAGGGUGAUGUGACAAAACUGUGCAUUGCCCUUCCUGGAGAAUAUGCAGGAAUCUGUCUUUGCUUGCAACUGGCCUGAGAAUAUAUUGUCCACAUCGGAAUGCCCAGUCAGUUUAUAUAUGGAGUUUCACAGUAGCCCUGUAAAGGACAAUCUCUCCUCAAGCCAACAUUAAGCGUAAAAAAGAAAAGGUUAACAAUACAACACACCAGGCAUUAAAAAUAGCAGUAAAGAUGUUUGGAAACCAGACUAAAGAAAUAUUUGAAAAUCCUCUGAAAAAAUGUGGCUUGACUUGCCUGUGAAAAAGUGGGAGGGAAGAGGUCAAGAUAGAUAAACUUCUGGGAACAGAAUGUCAUAGUCUCUCAGCACCAGCACAGGAAAGUUGUCGCCACCUUUUUCAGCUGCCUGCAGGAAUUCAUUUCAUACAUUUUGCAAUAUGCAUAUUAAAAGGUUUAAUGUUAUAUGCAGGAUGAUACUUGGGUAGAUAGCAGGAACAGCGCAAGCCAUUUUGUUAGCUGAGGCAAAGGACAUGUUUCCGCAUUUCCCCAUUAUUUGCACGAAAUCUGAUUAGGCUGGUCACUGAACUUUCAUGGAACUCCUCAGCAGCUCCUGGCAUGCCAGUUUCUUCCCCCAGGGCCUUCCCCGUGAUAAUGGGCUGAAGGGACUCGCCUGUGGAGGUUUCCCCUCUCACUUUGCCCACUAGGAAAGAGACCUUGUCAUUUCUCAAUACUGUAGAAGACAAGGCAUUGGCAACUGUUCCCAUCCACGUGCUCCUCUAUCUUUCACCGUGCCUCACCCCCGGGAACUGCUUGUCACGCCAGUUGAGGAGGAAGGUGACAGGAGAACUUCCUGCUUUACCUGUUCUGAUUGGCACAAAAUUUCCAAGUAGACAUGGAUACACAUUAAGCCAAAAAUUGUAGAGGCCAAGUGCCCGUAGAGCCUUUUCAGUCUCCUCCCUCCAACGGCCUGGCGUUAUCACGUGGAAGGCCCUGGGAAAAGAAACUGGCAUCCCAGGAGCUGCUGAGGAGUUCCAUGUUCUCCCUCCAGAAAGGAUGCCCAUUAUAAAAAACUUAUAAAUACCGAUGUUGCAGGCUAAGGCACAUACAUCUAUUAAAAACUUUGUGGGGGGAUAUUUUGAACACUUUAUUUCAUUUUCUUGCUCUUAAUCCCCCCCCCCCCGCACGGUUUGUGCUCUACUGCCUUCAAUGAAGCUUUAUAGGAGGGUUGCCUGUGAACUAGAGGUACCACUGUAUAUGGCUUAGGGAAGAUAGCCGCGCCCUGUGGUGGCGCCUGGGGACCGGCUACCAGAUAACCCUUAAGGGCUUCCCUCUCGACAUUGUCUUCCCUUAUUACGUUCCCGCAGCAUCAGCGCUUUAACGAACGUCUUGCUGGGGCAACGGGGGGGGGUGUCCUUCCCGCUCCUCUUUCUGGUCCCAACGGCCGCCCAUCCCCCACUCCCUCUCGCUUCGCCGCGUAGAAUCCAGGUUGGCGCCGCGCGCCGUUUCCCGCCCAAACCGCCCCCGCGCAUGCGCCCCCGCCUCUCCUGCCUUGGCGCCCUUUGGCCACGGCUUCCCCUGUGGCGUCGCCUUGGCCGCCCUCUUCCUCCUUCUCCCUGGGCUCCCCGCUUCUCUCCCCGUCCCCUCGGUCUCCUCUUCGCUCCCUCUUCACACAAUGACCCCCCCACCCCACCCCGCAGGGGGGACCCACCCGUGAGGUGAGAUAAGCACAUUAGCAUGUCUGGCCUCUGAGGAAGCCUGCCCCCUCUCGCCUUCCCUGCUGCUCCUUUCAUUCCUUCAUCCUUCUGCUCCCCUGUGGCCCCUCCAGGCUCAGCGCGGGGGGGGGGGGACCGUCUGGGCUGCCCUAAAUCCGCCUCUGCUUGGGAGCUGGAUGUUCCUCCGCUUCCACUUCUACCCCACUCCAAAUCUGCCUCUACAGCAGCCUCGGGGCGAAGAGGAGGCGCCACUGGUCUCUUCCCGCCUUUCUUCGCCAUUUGAUCCCCCAACAAUCUCCAUUCUUCCCGGGGGGGGCAGUUUUGGGACUCGUCUCAGGGGACCAAAUGUCUUGGGCCGGCCCUGCUGACCCCCCUGCAGGAGUAAGUCUGGCCAAGGUGGCUGGGACGUCAGCUCAGGCAGAUGCAACCCAGGGAGGAUUUCACCCUGAAGCCUGUGCCCCCCUUUCAUCUUUGCCUCCUUCUGAACCUGCCCCUGGGAAUUCGGCUGGUGUUUCUCUCCCUCCUCCAUAAGGAAAGCCCUGAGCACUAGCAUUCCCUGGGCGGUUGCCAAAUGCUGAGGGGUAAGCACUCUGCACAUGCCUAGGAGUAAACCAUCUACCAGCUCCUGUUAGAUUUCCUUAGGUGAGAGAAAGGGUUUCUAGAGUGAUAGCCUAGUAGGUGCCUCCCAGAACUCAUUGGAGGAAGACUAACUGUCAAAAACGAGGACACAGAUAUCAUUCAAUGGCUCUGUGCUAAUUUAAGGUAAUAUAAAUUUGUGUUUUUUGAAGUAUGGUUGAUUCCCCCCCCACACACAAUUUUAUUAUUUUAUCUGUUUGUAAAACAAAAAACUGCAAAGUGGUUUACUAUCAAGUGGGGUAUACAUUUAAUGAAAUAAAUAAACAAAUGGGCAAAGGCAACUUAAAAAAAAAAAUUCUUAAAAAAAAAAAAAAGAUAUUUAUUGAAAAUUUUUUAGAAUUACAAAAAAAAAAAAGCAGAAAAAGAAAAAAAUGGGCUGCUGCUGCACCGUGAGUGUGGGGGAAGGCCGCUCCCUCCUCAGGCUAACUCCACCUGGCCUAGGGGGCGGGACCCAGACUCACCUUCGCCACAGCUUUAAGAGGCCUCAUUGAGGCACUGGGACAUCGCUGCUGCUGCUGCACCGUGAGUGUGGGGGAAGGCCGCUCCCUCCUCAGGCUAACUCCACCUGGCCUAGGGGGCGGGACCCAGACUCACGUUCGCCACAGCUUUAAGAGGCCUCAUUGAGGCACUGGGACAUCGCUGCUGCUGCUGCACCGUGAGUGUGGGGGAAGGCCGCUCCCUCCUCAGGCUAACUCCACCUGGCCUAGGGGGCGGGACCCAGACUCACCUUCGCCACAGCUUUAAGAGGCCUCAUUGAGGCACUGGGACAUCGCUGCUGCUGCUGCACCGUGUGUGUGGGGGAAGGCCGCUCCCUCCUCAGGCUAACUCCACCUGGCCUAGGGGGCGGGACCCAGACUCACGUUCGCCACAGCUUUAAGAGGCCUCAUUGAGGCACUGGGACAUCGCUGCUGCUGCUGCACCGUGAGUGUGGGGGAAGGCCGCUCCCUCCUCAGGCUAACUCCACCUGGCCUAGGGGGCGGGACCCAGACUCACCUUCGCCACAGCUUUAAGAGGCCUCAUUGAGGCACUGGGACAUCGCUGCUGCUGCUGCACCGUGAGUGUGGGGGAAGGCCGCUCCCUCCUCAGGCUAACUCCACCUGGCCUAGGGGGCGGGACCCAGACUCACCUUCGCCACAGCUUUAAGAGGCCUCAUUGAGGCACUGGGACAUCGCUGCUGCUGCUGCACCGUGAGUGUGGGGGAAGGCCGCUCCCUCCUCAGGCUAACUCCACCUGGCCUAGGGGGCGGGACCCAGACUCACCUUCGCCACAGCUUUAAGAGGCCUCAUUGAGGCACUGGGACAUCGCUGCUGCUGCUGCACCGUGAGUGUGGGGGAAGGCCGCUCCCUCCUCAGGCUAACUCCACCUGGCCUAGGGGGCGGGGCCCAGACUCUCACCUCCGCUACAGCUUUAAGGACACUGGUGCUCCUGCAGCAAAUGUUAAAAAUGUUUUUAUAUAUUUUAAAGUGUUUUAAAGGUGUUUUUACUUUUUACUUUGUUGUACCACCGUGAACAGUGGUUUUUAUCUAUGUAUUUUUAUUUUGUUCCGUUUUAUUGUGGUUUGGGGUGGGGAUUGGUUUUGUUUAGGUUUAAUUGUUUUUGGUUUGUUUUGUUUUUCUAUUUUAUAAAUGGAGGCUUGUAUGAGGCUUGGGAUUGCUACCGUGGAGGGGCGAGGGAGGUAUGGUGGUGGGGGCAGAUGUUAUAGGCGAAGGGGAUUGAGAUACGGAUAUGCUCGUACCCCUUCCAAUCUGCGCCCCAUCCCGAGGGACGAGGGUAGGGUGAGCAAGGAUUACUCACCUCCGUCACUGGUGCUGUGCAAUGCCAGGUCUAUAGGCAACAAAACCGCCACUCUGCGAGAUUUCAUUACCUCGCAGGGGGUUGACCUGGCUUGUGUGACAGAGACCUGGGUACGCGAAGGGGCAACAGUUACCUUACGAGAAAUGGCGCCCCCGGGUUUCUCCGUCCUCCACCAGUCACGGACUGUGGGCCGGGGGGGAGGGGUGGCAUUAUUAAUCCGGGAAGACUGUUCUUUCAGGGCUCUACCAUCGCCAUCGAUCCCCGGCAUUGAAUGUGUUGGCCUAGUGUGGGGCUCUGAGGUGAGCUUGGCUGUCUGGCUGGUGUACCGGCCACCUAGCGCACCAGCAGCCACCCUGUCAGGCCUGCUGGAGGCGGUGGCCGGCUGGGCCUUGGAGUUCCCUAACCUAUUGGUAUUGGGGACUUCAACAUCCAUGCUGAUGCCACUCCCUCCUCACAGGCUCUGGACCUGGUGUCUUCCAUGGCGACACUAGGGCUCUCCCAGUUUGUUUCAGGCCCCACACAUCAAGCAGGCCACACGCUGGAUUUGAUCUUUGGCGUAGGUAUAGAUGUAAUCAUGUCUCCUUCAAUAAAGGUGCCAUGGUCUGAUCACUACGCGCUGAAAGCCAGGAUUGAUUUUCCACCCCCACCCUGCUUAGGUGGCGAGCCGAUUUGGGCUCGCCCGCAGAGGCUGAUGGACCCUGAUAGAUUCCGUCAAGCCUUGCGGGACCUUGCUCCCCUGGCGACUCAUUGACUGAGCUUGUUGAGGGCUGGAAUAUCCAGCUCCUGGCAGCCAUAGAUGAGAUCGCACCUAAGCGCCCUCUGCGACCCCGCAGAAACCGGGCUCCCUGGUUUACCGAGGAGCCUGGAAAAUGAGCGGGACCUCAGACGGCUAGAGCGAGUAUGGCGGGGUGCCCGUGACGGAGCCUCAAGAACAUCUUACAGGGUUUUUAUGAAAACCUAUGAGAUGGCAGUGAAGGCCGCUAAGAAGUCUUACUUCUCGGCCUCCAUUGCAUCCGCUAGCUCUCGCCCAGCGCAAUUAUUUAGUAUAAUUAGGUCUUUAACGUCCCUUGAAGGACAGCCAAAUUUAAAUAACAAUCUGACACACAGCUGUGAGGCAUUUGCGAGCUUUUUGCGGAGAAGGUCCUGUUGCUCCGCCAUGACCUCCCUGCCAAUUUGGAUACAAUAAAGGAACUGGAGGCCCCUCGACUGUCCUCAGGUCCAGUAUUGGACCACUUUGAUCGGAUAUCCCCAGCCGAUGUGGACAGACUCCUCCGAGCUGGAAAGCCCACCACCUGUCCUCUUGACCCGUGCCCGUCUUGGCUGAUUAGAGCAUGUCCAGACGAGGUGCGGGCCCCCCUGGGGGAUAUCAUCAACUUGUCCCUUGGCACCGGGAUAUUUCCAGGGGAAUUGAAGGAGGCAGUGGUGCGCCCGCUCUUAAAGAUCCCUUAGAUCCCUUAGAUCUAUCCAAUUACCGCCCGGUUUCGAAUCUUCCAUUCCUGGGUACGGUGAUUGAGAGAGCAGUUGCUGAACAGCUUGGUAGGUUUCUGGAUGAAACAUCGGCUCUGGAUCCAUUCCAGUCCGGCUUCCGCGCUGGUCAUGGGACCGAGACGGCUCUGGUCGCCCUAACAGACGAUCUCCGUAGGCAGCUGGAUCGAGGCGGGUCGGGGCUGCUGAUUCUUCUAGACCUGUCAGCAGCCUUUGACAUGGUCGAUCACGAACUCCUGGACCACCGCCUUGCCGACGUGGGGAUCCAGGGCACAGUCCUUCAAUGGCUGCGCUCGUUUCUCUCUGGUCGGGGACAGAGGGUGGCGCUUGGGGGAGAAUUGUCAUCGCGCCACUCCUUGGUGUGUGGAGUGCCUCAGGGUGCGAUUCUCUCCCCGAUGCUUUUUAACAUCUUUAUGCGCCCCCUCGCCCAGCUUGUCCGGAGUUUUGGGCUGGGUUGCCAUCAGUAUGCCGAUGACACCCAACUCUAUCUGUUGAUGGAUGGCCAUCCUGACUCGGACCCAGACACACUGACCAGAUGUUUGGAAGCUGUGGCUGGAUGGUUACGUGGAAGCCGGUUGAAGUUAAAUCCUUCGAAGACAGAGGUCCUCUGGCUGGGACGGGACGAUAUGGGAUUGGGGGGGCAACUCCCAUCUCUUGCGGGGGUGCAAUUAGUGCCAGCACCUUCCGUUAAGAGUUUGGGUGUAAUCUUCGAUACCUCCCUCUCUAUGGAGGCGCAGAUUACAACUAUAACAAAGGCGGCAUUUUUUCAUCUCCGCCAAGCUAAGCAGUUGGCCCCUUAUCUCUCUCGCCCUGACCUAGCCACUGUGAUCCACGCGACGGUCACCUCCAGACUGGAUUAUUGUAACUCGCUCUACGUGGGGCUGCCCUUGAGACUGACCCAGAAACUCCAGCGGGUGCAGAAUGCCGCGGCGAGACUCCUUAUGGGGUCUUCGCUGCGAGAUCACAUUCAUCCGGUACUAUACCAGCUGCACUGGCUCCCGGUGGAGUACAGGAUCAGGUUUAAGGUGCUGGUUUUAACCUUUAAAGCCCUAUACGGCCUAGGACCCUCGUACCUACGGGACCGCCUCUCCUGGUAUGCCCCACAGAGGAACCUACGGUCUGCAAAUAAAAACAUCCUGAAGGUCCCAGGCCUCAGAGAGGUUAGGCUGGCCUCAACUAGAGCCAGGGCUUUCUCGGCUGCGGCUCCAAUCUGGUGGAACGCUCUGUCACAAGAGACUAGGGCCCUGCGGGACCUGACAUCUUUCCGCAAGGCCUGCAAGACAGAGUUGUUCCACCAGGCCUUUGGUCAGGGCCCAGCCUGACUCCCUCCUCUGGCAACCUGCACAGAACUUUGCUUAACGGUUGCCAUUAAUUUGAUUUUAAUUAAUUUUUAUAAUGAAAUGUUUUAGAAUGUUGGAUUAUUUGAUUGUUUGAUUAUUUGAUUGUUGUUAGCCGCCCUGAGCCCGGCUUUGGCUGGGGAGGGCGGGAUAUAAAUAACAUUUAUUAUUAUUAUUAUUAUUAUUAUUAUUAAAAAGAGAAAACAAAGAAAAACACACCACAUCAAACAAUACAAAUUCAAAACAAACAAAAAUACACCACAAACAGACAAAAACAAAACCAUCAUUCUCGAAUCCUCAACUUUCAUUACCUUCUUUCUUUGACCUCCUCCUCCUCCCUUUUUUUGUAUCCUGGUUAUUAAUUAUCGCAGCAAAUCCUUUCCAUAUUUCAUAAUAUUCUGUCAUUACAUUACCUUAAUCUAUUUUCAUCUUAUCUUAUAGAAAACCUUAAAACUUAAAGCUUAAAUCAGGAGUGUGCCCUGACAGAACAGAUGAGGGAAGAGGAUGUUGCUGAAUCUUGGGCGCCAGAGAUGGAGGGAGCUGUGGCCCAACAGGAACAUGAGCUUUUGAAUUUGACAAAUGAACUUGGAAAAAGCCAGAUUUGGAAAGAUAAAGUUUGGACUGGUUUGGAAAUGGGGGGCUGGAUAGACCCCCCUAUGCAGGGAUGUUUGGACUUUUCUAGUCUGGCAAUGGGCCGUGAGAUGUUUGGGGUUGUGGGGGCUCCUAAUUUUGGAGGGAUUUUGAAACAUGUUCUUAAAUACCACAUGGAGUUUAGUGUGGAUUAUGGAAAAGGGGCUGAUCUGUCGAGAAGGGUCAAAAACAUUGUUAAGCUGGAGUUCCCACGAGUGAAACGAGCAGGAGACAAGGAAAAUACAGUUAUAAAUAUGAAGAAGAGCUGCGGAAGGGACAUGGAAGAGACUUAAGGGCCUCAGAUACAAGGUUACCAGGUUAAUGCGCUAGAUCGAUGGGAUAAUAAGGACUGACAAAACCCGGGACCAGGAGGAAGGGACGCUGGAUGAAGAUUGGAUUGUUUUUAUUUCUUUUCUUACUAUUAGGAUUGUUUUAUAAAAUUGAUGAAUGUUGGAAAAAUGUUGAAAUAAAAUUACUUGGCUUUAGUAAAAAUGUUUAAAGAAUUAUGUAAGAAUAUUAUGGUUAUGAGAAGUUGGUAAAAAUAAGAUUUAAGUUUUAAGUUUCAAGGUUUUUUAUAGUAAGAUAAGAUUAAAAUAGUUUAAGGUAAUGUGAUGACAGAAUAUUCUGAAAUAUGGAAAGGAUUUGCUGCGACAAUUAACAACUAGGAUACAAAAAAAGGGAGGAGGAGGAGGUCAAAGAAAGAAGGUAAUGACAGUUGAGGAUUUGAGAAUAAUGGAUUUGUUUUUAAAUGUUUGUGGUGUAUUUUUUUUUUUUUGAAUUUGUAUUGUUUGAUGUGGUUUGUUUUUUCUUUGCUCUUUCUUUUUUUCUACUUUGUUCUCUUUUGUAAUUUUAAAAAAAAAUCCAAUAAAUAUCAUUAAAAAAAAAAAAGUAAACGGGAAUAUUUUCAAAUUCCUAAGGAAACACAAUAAUGACGAAGACGGGGCAGCUCAUUAGAGAGAGCAUUCCGCAACCGGGGAACAUCUUUAAAUGGGCUGACCAUCCAGAUUAAAUUAAAGCAAUUUAAACCAACUACAACGGCACUGUCAUUUUAUUUAUUUAUUUAGGUUUUUAAAAGAUUAACAUACGAAUCCUAACUUGCAGGUACCAGCUUGGAAAAGACAUUCUUAGUGCAAGGAAUUCCUCUUCUAAGAUGGCGGUGCCCUUGCAUAUCCAAUGCACCGUUUUUAAAGGAACGUAAGCUGUUUCCUAAGUCUUCAAAACCAGCGAAAAAUGAAUGCAAAUUUAAUCAUAUGUUAAUAAAAUAUAGCUUGCUUACAUAGAUUUCUUUCUUCGGUUGCCGCCGCUAUAUACGGUAUUAUUCGCAUUUGAUGUGAUUGCUGGCAGUUAACAUCCAAGCAAUGUACAUGUACAAUGUACAAUGUACCAUCCAAGGCAAUGUACUAAUUUAUUUAGACGGCAGAGGCUGGAAUGAGGGGUAUUGGAAUUAAGUUGUUCCAAGCUUCUUUGUCGAUAUGAAAUAAUUUACACUUGCUUCUUUUUAGAACAACAAAAACCUUUUAAAAAAGAGAGUACCCGUUUAAGAGACAAAGUGUGGGGGGGGGGGGAGGUGUUGUUUGGUUGGACCUCGCAAGUGUGUUUUUUGUACAAUGCGGGUGUGCCUUGACAAAGAAAAUGCGCAGCAGGCGCCCGAAAUCUCUCUCUCUCUCCCCUCACCUCUCAAUUCUCUUCCAUUCAGUUGAAGAGUCAAUUGCCAAAGGGGUGUCGACGGAGGGAGGGGUUAGACCCAGUUUGGCAAAGCAACCGAUUUUUUGAAAGAGAAUGUAACUGUUUCUAUUGGUUGAGAAGUAAGGGUGAAACGCAAAAAUGAUGAAGACGGGGCUGCUCACUGGGAGGGCAUUCCUCAACCGGGAAACCUCGUAUUGGUGGAGAAGUAAGGAUGGGAUCGCCCACCGGAGAUAAAUGCCCAGACCAAACCCCCAGCAGAAUAGCAGAGUGAACCUGAGGGAGUGAACCUGAGGGAUCUUAGUGUCCAUUUUUAAGGCAAAACCAAUUCAGGAGAGAGCGAGAAAGAGUUUUUUCAUGAUGGCAACCAACAACGAAGGUAAGAGAAACUUUAAAAAAAAAUGAUUAUUAAGCCCUGAGCUUUCCAUGUCGGGAGGAAGAUCUGCAAGCGUCGCUUCAGUUUAAGCUAACCAAGCGCUUCCUUCAGAUUUGCCUCUUUGUUUUUUCCCAGGAGGAAGCUACCCCAAAGGAGGAGAUAGGAGAAAAAGGAAAGUUUUUACCCCAGCCCAAAUCGAGCUUUUAAAGAAGGGGUUUGAAAAAAACGUGUACCCCGGAUACCAGACCAGGGAGGCACUGGCGAGGAGCAUCAGAGUCGAGGAAGAUCGUGUGCACGUAAGAAGGGGGAAAGCGGGGGUUCCUAGGACUUCCUUAAAUCGCAAAUACUGGAUAAAUUUAAAACAUUCAGAAUAAUUCUUUCGUUGUCAUUCGAAUGCCUUUGCUCAUCCAGGUGCCUCCGAGCUUAAUGUGAAAGGUGCCUUAUUCAAGAGGCAGCUUCCCUUUUCCUGGGUUUUUGUGGGGUUUUAUGGGGGGGGGCUGUUGUAGCGUGGAUGUAAAGGCUUUUUGUAAGGGGCGGGUGCGUUGUGUCCCCUCCUUUUCAACUGUAGGAAGAAAUUGUGCCCAUACUUGUUCAGAAAUCCUGGUUCCUGAUUAAGGCUUCCUUUUCCUUCCCACUCAAAUUAUUGGAGGCACAUACUUUCAAAUAUCAAAGGUUCUGGGUUUGAACAGUAAAAGCUCUUAACAGACCUGGUUUCAACCUAAUUUGAGGAUAAAACCAUCUGGUUUCCUGGGCCGCCUUUAUAGCCUGAUCCACCUGACCGAACUCCCAAGGGAGUGUGCAUAGGAUAUUCCUAUUAGGAUGGCAGCUUUCAGCACCUUGCAUUGAGAGAUCAAAUGUGCAGCAUUCAGUUCGUACCACACUUAAGCAACAUUGCUUUUCUAGCCAAUUUCCCGCAAGUCCCUAGUUCUCCCACACUGAAAAAAUUACACCACACGAGGCACAAAUAUUUGGCGGUCCUCUGAGCUAGAAAGUGAAAUUAUGACCUAUCCAUUUGGAAAUAAUGGGCAUUUUGUUCUCUCCUUUCUUUUGUUCAGACCUGGUUUCAGAACAGAAGAGCGAGAACAAAGGUUCCAAAAUAA